AUCUCCACUCUCUCUCUCUCUCUCUCUCUCUGUAGAAGAAAUGGAGGAGAAAAGCAGCUGCGACUGUGGUCACGAAUUCAAGCUGCUGCUUCAUGUCCUUCUGGUCUAUCUCCUUCACAGGUUUCAGUUGUUUUCAAUGAAGCAUACGACAGGAUUCCCCAUCCCGAUUCUUCUUUGGAGCAGUCCAUUUCCGAGGUAUGGGAUGCAAGAGAUCGACAAAAUUCAUCACUUUACGAUGGGCCGAAGUUUAGGGGCUUUGUGGGGACAAAUUUAAGUCCUAUUUGGGAAAGAUAUCUUGUUCCAUCUGAAGAUGAUUGCAUACAGUGGCAACACACAUCAAGUCCUCUGGGUAAUGGUGCAGUUGUAGAGACUUCUGAUAAGAAAAUACUUGUGCUUCAGAGAAUUAAUAAAGUUGGAGAAUUCCCAGGAUAUUUUGUUUUUCCUGGAGGCCAUCCAGAGCCCCAAGAAGUUGGAAUAAUCUCCCAUGACGGCUUCCAAGAGCUGAAUCAAGGUCGCACAAUUAACAGCAAAGUUUCUCAAGAAAUGUUUGACAGCAUUGUCUGUGAAGUUGUUGAAGAAACUGGAGCUCCUGCAAAUAGCCUUUCCAGCCCCAUCUUUAUUGGUAUAUCCCGAAGAGUAUUGAAUGUUAGGCCAACUGCUUUUUUCUUCAUCAAAUGCAAUCUUCAGUCGGAUGAAAUUCAACAAUUGUAUUCUAGCGUACAAAAUGGCUUCGUGUCAACUCAGCUUUAUGCUGUUUCAAUGAGUGAUUUGGAGAACACGGCUUCUAAAAUGCCCGGCUGCCACAGAGGAGGCUUUGCACUCUACAAAUUAAUGGUACAAGGCGCAAAUGGUAGCUAAUAUCUCCAUAGGGUCGAAUGAGGAUCUUGCAGCCUUUUUAUCUCUUGUAUGCCUGAUUUAUUGACUUUAGUCCUUGGUGCGCAAUCCCAUGCUAUUCCAUUGACCAGAAGAGAACUUUCCAUGUAAAUGAGCUCGCUUGCCGAUAUGCGAUUUAGAGCCCGUUUGGAUUGGCUUAAAAAAAGUAGUUUUUUCAGCAGAAAUAACUUUUAAGCCAAAAAGUAAUAAGUUGGGGUGCCCAGCUUACUGCUUUUCGCUUGUUUUAAGUAAUUUUUAAUUUUGUCAAACACUGAAAAAAGCUAGAAAGAGCUUAAAAGUCAAUCCAAACACCCACUUAGUCAUAUUGAACCACAAGUUUGCUUCUUUACUUUACUAUGUAUUGAGCUGUAUCAGUUUUAUUUUUG